UACUGGGAUUCUCAUUUAACCCAACAUGUCACAGUUCAGCACUCUUUCAGUGCGUGAGAGGAAGAAGCAGGCAGCUGCUCUUUGCCAUGAGGUCCAUGGUGCCAACGGUAUAACCUUCUGCCAAAACCUGCUCUCACAUCAGCACUGUAAACUGUUGUUUUUUGCAGGAUAUGGAGGUCCAUUGAUUAACAUUCCUCCGGAGAGGUUCAAUGCCACAGCUGUGCCAAAAUCCUACCACUCCCCCUGGGAAGAGGUCAUCAACAAGGUGGCCACACCAUAUGGUGGUUUCGACAAAACCCCACGAGGGAUCACCUUUAAGCUUCCGGAGGUGGACUUGAAUGCUCCUCGAUACCCCGAGCUCCAGGAUCCUGCAGCCAAAAGACCCAUUUUCAACAGGACGGCCCAGGGCUGGAUCUCCAACGGCACGCCUCUCAUUUUACCCUCCGUCUCUCUGGAGCCUUUUGAGAUCCCUGAGUCUGACGAUCUGUAACACCGAUUCAAGCCCUUCUUCUUACCCAAUCCUGAUGAGCCUGAGUGUGGUGUAGGGUGUGUAGGGUGUGUGUGUAGACGUGUAAAAGCACAUAUAAUUUCUAUAAUGAAUGCCUCAGAACUGAAGAGUAUUUAACAGAACAUGUUUAUGUGAGGCAGCAUUGGGUUAAAAUCCACAUAGCAUUGUACAUGUGAUUAUAUAUAGCGUAUAUCGCUAACUCUAACCACAAAUUCUGAAUAAUACAGUGUUGAUUACCAUC